GCGGCAGAGCGGGCCGCAGGCUGCCAAAGCGGGGAUCCCAGCCCGCCGCGACCCCCACCCCUGCCCCGGGUGCGGCCCAGUUGGCUGUUUCUAGGCCCCCCGCGGGCCAGGGGCCGCCGGAGAGCCCCCGGGGUGGACCAUGGCGGUGAGAUUCCAGGUGGCAGACAUGGAGGAGGUGACCAUCUGGGAGCAGCACACGGCCACCCUCUCCAAGGACCCGCGUCGAGGCUUCGGCAUCGCCAUCUCCGGAGGCCGGGAUGCGUCCAGCGGCUCCGUGGUGGUGUCCGACGUGAUCCCGGGAGGUCCAGCGGAGGGCCGGCUGCGGAUGGGGGACCACAUGGUCAUGGUAAAUGGGGUCUCUGUGGAGAAUAUGACCUCGGCCUUCGCCGUUCAGCUCCUGAAGACCUGCACCCGGAUGGCCAAUAUCACGGUAAAGCGGCCCCGGAAGGUCCAGCUGCCGGCCACCAAGCCGGCCGCCCCCGGCCCGGGCCACCAGGACUCGGACAAGGAGGACGCUCAGCGGUGGCGGCAGGAGGAGGCGGAUCAGGGCGGGGGCUACGACGGGGACUCGUCCAGCGGCUCCGGCCGCUCCUGGGGCCAGCGCUCCCGCAGGCCAAGGGCAGCACGCCGGACCCGGGCCGGCAGCCAGGGCCGCAGGAGCCCGGGCAGCGGAUCUGAGGCCGACGGGCUGGCCCUGGUGUCGGGGUACAAGCGGCUGCCCCGGCAGGACGUGGCCAUGAAACCCGUGAAGUCCGUGCUGGUGAAGCGGAGGAACAGUGAAGAGUUCGGGGUCAAGCUGGGCAGUCAGAUCUACAUCAAGCACAUCACGGACUCUGGCCUGGCCGCCCGGCACCGUGGGCUGCAGGAAGGGGACCUCAUCCUCCAGAUCAACGGGGUGUCCAGCCAGAACCUGUCGCUGAGCGACACCCGGCGCCUGAUACAGAAGUCGGAAGGGAAGCUGACCCUGCUGGUGCUGAGGGACCGGGGCCAGUUCCUGGUCAACAUCCCCCCGGCCGUCAGCGACAGUGACAGUGACAACUCUCUCCUGGAGGACAUCUCGGACCUCAACUCGGAGAUGUCACAGGCGCCUCCAUCCCAUGUGCCCCCACCACCCCGGCACCGGCAGCGGAGCCCCGCGGAGGCCAGCGAGCCCGACUCCCCUGGGGAGAGCCCCGAGCCCAGACGGGAAAGGUCCUCGGGUUCCGGAGCCCUCUCAGGAGCCGAUUCCCCGCGGGGGAGCAGCGGCCGCGUCCACAGGGUCCCCAGCCGCCAGAGCCUGGAGGCCCGCGGCUACAGCCCCGACACGCGCCUGGUCCGCUUCACCAAGGGCGCCACCAUCGGGCUGCGGCUGGCCGGGGGCAAUGACGUGGGCAUCUUCGUGUCUGGCGUGCAGCCCGGCAGCCCGGCCGAGGGGCAGGGCAUCCAGGAGGGGGACCAGAUCCUGCAGGUGAACGACACCCCCUUCCGCAGCCUCACUCGGGAGGAGGCCGUGCAGUUCCUGCUGGCGCUGCCGCCCGGGGAGGACGUGGAGCUGCUGACCCAGCACAAGCAGGACAUCUUCAGGAAGCUGGUGCAGUCCCGCGUGGGCGACUCCUUCUACAUCCGCACGCACUUCGAGCUGGAGCCGAGCCCGCCCUCCGGCCUGGGCUUCACCCGCGGGGACGUCUUCCACGUGGUGGACACGCUGUACCCGGGCGCUGGGCACGGCCUGGCCCGGGGCAGCCUCUGGCUGGCGGCUCGCAUGGACCGAGACCUCCGGGAGCAGGAGCGGGGCGUCAUCCCGAACCAGACCAGGGCCGAGCAGCUGGCCAGUCUGGAGGCGGCACAGCGGGCCGCGGGCCUGGGUCCCGGGUCGUCCUCUGGCUCCAGUGCCCGGGCCGAGUUCUGGCGCCUGCGUGGCCUUCGCCGUGGGGCCAAGAAAACGAGCCAUCGUAGCCGGGAGGAUCUGUCGGCGCUGACCAAGCAGGGCCACUACCCGCCCUACGAGCGUGUGGUCCUCAGAGAAGCCAGCUUCAAGCGCCCGGUGGUGAUCCUGGGGCCUGUGGCAGACAUCGCUAUGCAAAAGUUGACCGCGGAGAUGCCUGAGCAGUUUGAGAUCGCAGAAAGCGUAUCUCGGGUCGACAGCCCGUCCAAGAUCAUCAAACUGGACACGGUGCGGGUGAUUGCAGAGAAGGACAAACACGCGCUCCUGGACGUGACCCCGUCGGCCAUCGAGCGCCUCAACUACGUGCAGUAUUACCCCAUCGUGGCCUUCUGCGCCCCCGAGAGCCGCCAGGCCCUCAAGGCCCUGCGCGAGUGGCUGGCGCCCGCCUCCCGCCGCAGCAGCCGCCGCCUCUACGCGCAGGCGCAGAAGCUGCAGAAGCACAGCGGCCACCUCUUCACGGCCACCAUCCCCCUGCGCGGGACCAGCGACUCCUGGUACCAGGAGCUCAAGGCCGUGAUCCGGGAGCAGCAGACGCGGCCCAUCUGGACGGCGGAGGACCAGCUGGACGGCCCCCCCGAGGACAGCCUGGACCUGCCCGGCCGCGGCCUGGCCGACAGCGCUGCAGACCUCAGCUGCGACAGCCGCGCCAACAGCGACUACGAGGAGACGGACGGCGAGGGCGGCGUCUACACGGACGGCGAGGGCUACACGGACGGCGAGGGCGGGCUCCACACGGACGCGGACGAGGAGCCCUCGGGGCCGGCCCUGGCGCGGUCCUCGGAGCCGGUGCACGUGGAGGAGCCUCCGAGCCCGAGGGAUGAUGGGAGAAUCCCGGCUCAGCGCGGCAUCCCGGUGGACAGGCGGCACCCCGAGGGCCAGCAGCGCCAAGACAGCAUGCGGACUUAUGAACGGGAAGCCUUGAGGAGAAAGUUUACCAGAGCCCGAGAUAUGGAGUCCUCAGAUGAAGAAGGCUAUGACUGGGGUCCGGCCACUGACCUGUGACCUCACCUGCGUUGCCAGUCUGCAGGCCCUCCCUCUGCCUUUCCGGACCCAAGACUCUUUCACUCCUGCCAUAUUCCUGGUCUUUAAUAAAUACUAUUUUCACA